AUGGUUUCUUGGCGCAUUCGUGGUGAAAUGGCUGAAAUCGACGUUGAUCAAAGUUAUGCUGGACAUCCGACAAUGUUUUCAAUAAGAAUGCACCAUGGAGGUGAGUUUACAAGCUUGCCUGGAAGGAAGUAUAUUCGUGGGAAGCAAACAUUUGUUGAUUUACUGGACAUUGAUACCUUUUCCGUUCAUGACAUUGAUGAGAUGAUGGAAGACCUAGGGUAUGCUUCAAUAGGUAAACCACUUUACUAUGACUUUCAAAGGCCUUUAGGCGAUUUAGAUUUUGGGUUAUUCGCUUUAGCUAGUGAUGAAGAUGUUUGUUAUUUGGGGAGUUUUGUGGCUAAGCAUAAGUUAAUUGAGGUAUAUAUAGAGCAUGACAAAACUACUCUGCACACCUAUUUAAUGUCCCCAACCCACAGUAAAGUUCGUAUAACGGAGAUUACUGAACCUCCAUCUUGUUCAAAGAGACUGUUCCUGGAGUGGCAUAGCACACCUGCUGUUGACUUGGAGGAUGAAAUGGAUCACAUGGAGAAAGAAUCGGGUAAUGAUCCUACACCCACUGGUCAUCUGGAGAAGGAUUUGGGUAAUGCUACUCUCACUGAUCAUAUGGAGAAUGAUUUGGGUAAUGAUGCUACUCUCACUGAUCAUAUGGAGAAUGACUUGGUUAAUGAUGCUAAUGACUUUGGUAAGUUUGGUGAGUUAGAGAGUGACAAUGAUGAAAGUGAUGAUAGUGAUUUUUUUGUGGACAUUGAAAAUAUAUUGGAUGAUAUUAAUGUGGAUAUGCAAGAUUUUGAAAUGAAUAUCGACAAAGAUGUGGAGUGGGUUGGAGGGUCGUCUAACACUGUGGUUGAUGAAGGCACACAAGAUGAAGCUUUAGAGGUGAUUAACACUGACUUUUUAGCAUCUGAUUCAUCAUCAAAUGAGGGGAUUAAUGGUCAAAGAAAGAAAUCAGUAAGAGCAAUUCAAAGGGAACAUGAGAAUGAUGAAGCACUUGUUAGUGAAUCCUUCUAUAUUUUUCAAAAAUUUGGUUCAGCAAAGGAGUUUAAGGAUAAGGUUGAAAGUAACCCUACUAUUCCAAUUAGGGCUUUGCAAGAACAGCUACAACGAAGGUUUAAGGUAGAUCUUUCUAGGAUGAAAACAUUUAGGGCAAAAUCUGAGGCUCUAAACCUUGUGCAAGGAGAUUUCGUUACUCAAUAUGGUUUACUCAGAGAUUACAUUGUUGAGUUGCAAACUCGUAACCCAGAUACGACUGUUAGGGUUGAUGUUGAAAGCGAAGGAAAUCCACACAGUGAAACGAGGACAUUCAGACGCAUUUACAUAUGCUUGGGAGCUUUAAAGAAAGGCUUCGCAGCUGGAAAGAGGGAUUUUCUUGGCUUUGAUGGUGCUUUCAUGAAGGGUCCAUUUCCAGGACAAAUUCUUUCAGCCGUGGGACUAGAUGGUAAUAAUGGCACAUAUCCAUUGGCAUAUGCGGUGGUUGAAACAGAGAACAUCAGGUAUUCUAAAUGCAAUUGCAACUUGUUUCCUUGUGCUGAAAAUCGUUACUGUGUUCGUCACAUUCGGGAUAACAUGAGGAAGCAAUGGAGGGGUAAACCUUUCGAAGACCUCUUAUGGACAUGUGCAACUGCAACACAUGUACAACAGUUUAACAAAGGCAUGGAAGAGCUAAAGAAAUUAAACAAGGAUUGUUAUGAGUGGCUUAAGAAGAUACCACCUCAGCACUGGUCUAGGUCCCAUUUCACUGGGAGAGCACAUUCUGAUGUGAUUCUUAAUAACUUGUGUGAAACAUUCAAUGGAAAACUGAAUGAGGGUCGUGAUAAACCAAUUAUUACUUGCCUAGAGUUCAUUAGGGAAUAUCUAAUGAAGAAGAUUGUGAAUGUAGAAAAGGCCAUUGGGAAAUGUACUAGUCCUUUGACACCUACAACUAUGCAGACUUUGGAAAAUAUAAAAAAGGCAGAAGAUUAUAGAUCUGUAUUUUGUGGAAAUGGUAAGUAUCAGGUAAGUGGCCCUUGGAUGGACCAAUGCGCGGUGGAUGUGGUUCAACAAACAUGCUCCUGCAGGAAAUGGGAACUCACUGGGAUGCCAUGCAAACAUGGUGUUGCUACUAUAUGGGAGAUGAGGAAGAAUAGUAAGGAUGUUGGAAUACCAGAAACUUGGGUGCAUGAGGUAUAUUGGCUAAAAACUUGGAAACAGAUGUACUCAUUCAAAAUUGAGCCCAUUAAUGGGAGAAGCAUGUGGGAAAAGUCUGUGUGUCCAACAACUUUGGUUCCUCCUAAACAUCGUGUCACAAUAGGUAGACCAAAGAAGAAACGCAGAAAAUCAGCUUAUGAAAUUGAUGACAUGGUGAAGGGUAAUAGUGCAUCAAGAAUCCUUCAGUCGGUUACUUGUUCAAAGUGCAACAACAUUGGUCAUAAUGCAAGGAGUUGUAAGGGACAAAAAGCUAGUGCUCCUAGUGGUUCUGGUGGUCCUGGUGGUUCUGGUAAGGGAAAAGGAAAAGCUGGUUGA